UGUGUGUGUGUGUGUGUGUGUGUGUGUGAGAGAGUUCAUGUGUAUUCCUCAAUGACGGUCUGUUCUUCUGCUUACCGCUACAGUGUGGAACAUGGUGGAGAGAACAGAAUGAAACCUGGGCUUAGAAAAUAUGUCUGUGAUCUCACACUGGACCCAAACACAGUAAACAGACUCCUCUCUCUGUCUAAGGGGAACAGAAAGGUGACAUGGAGGACAGAGAAGCAGCCGUAUCCUGAUCACCCAGAGAGAUUUGAGGGCUGGGGACAGGUGCUAUGUAAAGAGGGUCUGACUGGGCGUUGUUACUGGGAGGUAGAGUGGAGUGGGAGAAGGGCUGAUAUUGGAGUGACAUAUAAAGGAAUCAACAGGAAAGGAAGAGGAUGGGGUGAUGACUGUGGUCUUGGAUACAAUGACAAGUCCUGGAGUCUGUUCUGCUCUGACAACCGUUACUAUGCCAGGCACAAUAAUAAUCGGACUCUCAUAGACGUCCCCUCCUCCAGCUCCCACAGAGUAGGAGUGUAUCUGGACUGGCCAGCCGGCACUCUGUCCUUCUAUAGAGCCUCCUCUGACACACUGACCCACCUGAUCACAUUCACCUCCACAUUCACUGAGCCCCUCUAUCCAGGGUUUUGGGUUUGGGGUGUUGGUGACUCAGUGUCCCUCUGUCAGUGAUACACACACACACACACACACACACACACACACUGGACACAGACACACACACCUGCUGGACACACACACACACUGGACGAAGACACACACACACUGGACAAAAACACACACUGGACA